CAAAGCGUUAGCGUUCAGGCUACGUGUAGCAAUGUUUUGCUAACAAGCUAGUUUUUUUUUUUAAUUGCGGUAAUUAAUUAUGUGUUUUUCUUACUUUGAAACGGUUUAGUUCAUGUACUGUUUGCGUCAUGGUUUUAUGAGAGUAGCGUUAUUUAAAUUAAACGAAUGUAGCUCUAGGGGAAGUUUGUGUUCUUUGUUUACAGCAACGUCUGAAUUCAGUGGAGUUUCUCUUAAAAACAAGAUGCCAAAGAAAGAAAAAACGACCAAAAACGCGCAGACCAAGAAGCAGUCAGAAACCCCGACAGGUCCAGUUUCAACGCUUAAAGACGGUGGACUUGCAAUAUCAAUACACGCCAAACCAGGAGCAAAGCAAAAUGCCGUCACAGAUGUGAGCUCAGAGGCAGUGGGGGUCGCUAUUGCUGCACCCCCAACAGACGGCGAGGCCAAUGCGGAGCUCGUGCGCUAUCUGGGCAAAGUCCUGGUGCUGAAGAAGAGUGAAGUCACGCUGGAUAAGGGAAGUAAAUCCAGAGAAAAAGUCAUUAAAGUCACUGCAUCGAUUAGUCAAGAGGAGGUUCUGGAGAGACUAAAGCGAGAAGCUGCUGGCUGAAGCUCAAUACUAAAGCAAGAGUUUUCAGACAUUUUUUUCCAAGCGACACUUUAUUAUAAAAUAAAUUCCACUGAACCUCUUGGGACAGAUUUAUUAAGAUUUAAAUGAUAAUAUGUGUACGGUAUUCAUGAUAUUGUGUGUACGAUAAUAUUUUGGCUAUUUUCUAGAGCUUUUGAUUCCUGAAAUUUUCACAGACAGGACACAUUAGAUUCAAGUUCACAUUAUUUAUCAGCAGACUUGUUUUUGAAAAUCCAUUCAUAAUAAUAUAACCUAUAAUAUCAGACCAUCACACCCAUAUGUAGUUCAUCCCCAUACUGUAUCACAAUGAUGGAAGCAAACAAUUGCCUUUGUACACUGGAGCAUUACAAUUUCCCUUUAUCAUGGAACUAAAGGGGUACAACCUGUUCCUGCAUGAAAGUGUCAUUGUAUACUAAACGUGGACCUUAUACAUGGUUUGUCAAGGUUGGAGUGGAAGAAUGUAAAUUAAUUGAGUCCUGACCUCAACACCACUGAACACCUUUGGGAUGAAAUGGAAUACAGACUGUUAUCCAUGCAUGCUUACCCAACAGCAGUGUGUGAACUCAGUAAUGUAUAAGCAAAUCCCAACUGCCAUGCGUCAAAAUCUUUCUGGAAUGCCAGAGAAUUUCUAACAAAGGUGAACUGCAUCAGUUGUUCAAAAAGCACACAUUAGUGUGAUGGACACGUGGCAGCAAACAUUUAGCCACAUAAUGUACAUUUAUAAUGGUAGGAUAUGAUUUCCACCACUUACCAAAAAAAUAGAAAAAUGCUUCACAGACCCCACUUUUAGAUCCAUUGCACUGAAGUAUUUUUGGUUACUUUUGGGAUGAAUAUGUGUACUGUAUUUAAGUACAAAUAGACUGGUCUUCCAAUUCAAUUAUUUAAUAAGAAAUAUAAGUUAACUUCACAAAAGGUAUGAAGACAGCUGAAGACAUUUUUUCCAGUACUUCAUAUUAUCUACAUCUUACAGGAACAUGGAAUUGAAUGCUCAGUCCAUUUUAAUACAAUGCUUAUGGCACCCAAUUCAAAAGCAGCUUCAUAUUUAUUUAAACGAAUGAUUGGAUUGAUGGAAGCCUGGUUAAUCUCCUUUAAAUUUCUGUGACAGUGUCUCAGUGCUUCUAUCUGUGAAUAAUGUAUUUGUUAAGGAUGGGACUAAUGAGUGCAUCCAUUAGACAAAUUCCAUUAAGACCCAACACUUUAUCACCUGCUUUAAAGGGUUUAUUGCAGUGUUCCUUUCAGAGCAUGGCCCAAAAUGUGUUAAGUGUAACUAGUGAAGAUUCUACACAAGCUACCUUUAAGUAGCCAUAAAACAAAACAACGAUUAU